AAAAAUCACUCUGGCGUUGGCAUGAAGAAACUCAUUCUUGAAUUUGUUAACAACAUUCUGAAAAAUCACUCUGGCGUUGGCAUGAAGAAACUCAUUCUUGAAUUUGUUGAGUGUUAUGAUUGCAACGACAUUAUUAAUCAUCUAGAUAGUUGGCUUCAAAUUGCUGUUACACCACAGAUUGAAGAACUUACACUUAUAAGCCCAGAGUGGUUUCCAGACGACCCAGAGUGACAAUCCAGGGUGGUUUCCAGACGACGAGUAUUCAUCCAUACUGAGAUACAAGUUCCCAUGUUCACUUUUAUCAAAUGGAAGAGGAAACUCAAUUCAGUAUCUUAAUCUUGAACGUUGUGCCUUCCAAUCCACAGUACAUCUUGGUCCCCUGGGAAGCCUAACGAGGCUGCACCUGCGCCAUGUUUGUAUGACGGAGGACGAACUAGGGUGCUUUCUUUCCAGUUCUCUAGUGUUGGAGAGCAUGCUGCAAGACAUAGAGAACAAGGCUCAAAAUCUUCGCACCAUUUACUUUGAAGAGUUCCCGGCACUAUAUUCUCCAGGAGUGUCGCUGCGCCUUGGAGAGUUGUUGCAUCUGAACAACAUAGAAAUGCGAUGCAACGAUGCUACCUGUUAUGCUCGUUCAGAGCUUCCAUCAAUCGCCCCGAGUCUUGAGACUCUUACCAUGAGCUCUCUUUGUGAGGUGACCAAUGCACCAACAGCACCUAGCAAGUUCCUCCACCUCAAAUACUUGUGUAUUCAUCUUUAUAGAGUGUCUCCAGCAUAUGAUUAUUUUUCGCUGGCUUCUUUCUUUGAUGCUUCUCCUUCCUUGGAGAUUUUCAGCCUCAAUCUACUGCAGGAACUCAUGGAGCAUGAUUGGAUUUCUGGAGGUUCCUCAGAUCUGAGGCAGAUGCAACGACACUGUCAUCACAACCUCCAGAGAUUCAAGAUCACAGGUUUUGGCUCUGCAAAGAGCUUGGUUGAGCUAACAUGCUAUAUUCUUGAGAGCACGCUGUCACUCAAAUGCAUCAUGCUAGACACCACUUUGCAGGGAGCUUUCAGGUGUUCUGACAGCAAGUCUAAGAAAUGUUUUUCGAUGCCCAAGGGUAAUAUCAUGGAAGCACAGAAGGCGCUCCUGGCUAUCAAAAAAUACAUUGAAACGAAAGUUCCUGCUACAGUUAAGUUAAAUGUUGUUGAGCCUUGUAGACGGUGCCACACCAUUGGAGUGUAGUUUUGUGUCGUCUCCAGAGUUAGCAUGUUUAUUCUUUAAAUAACCAGGAUUUUCAAUGUUUACCUCUGUAAUAUAUGGGAUGAGCUAAAGUUUACUGAUCCAUACAACAUGCCUUUUUAUCAUAUAUAGUUUCUUUGGCA